AUGAUUUCAGUGUUUUCCACAGCUCUGUUGCUCGUCUGCGCGGGGCCAGGAGUUGUCUCUCAGUUCGUGUCUCCUCCCACGAACCUCACUACUAAAGAGGGAUAUGCGAACAUCACAGUCCGUUACAAGUCGGUCCCCCCAGGCAUUUGCGAACAAGAUCCAGAUGUCAAAAGCUUUGCCGGGUAUGCCGACGUUGCGCCCAGCGAGCAUAUCUUCUGGUGGUUCUUUGAAGCCAGGAAUGUUGAUCCCACCGAGGCCCCUUUGACCAUCUGGAUCAAUGGCGGUCCAGGUUCCUCAUCGAUGAUAGGACUCUUUCAAGAGCUGGGUCCAUGUCAAGUCACUGCCGACCUUGAGGCUGUGGACAACCCAUACUCGUGGAGCAAUGUCACCAACAUGAUCUUCAUCGAUCAGCCUACUCAGGUCGGCUUUAGCUACUCAAGCCCCGUCCCUGCUUAUGAGGACCCAAAUUCCGGCUAUCUUGUUCAAUUGCCUGAUAAUAACUGUCCGAAAUAUGCCAGCGAUUGGGGCUGCGGCACCUACUCGUACUUCAACCAGUCCUUGACCGUCAACAACACCCCCGCGGCUGCGCCAAACAUGUGGAAGACCCUGCAAGGUUUCAUGGGCGCAUUCCCUCAAUAUGCAAGAGAUGGAGUAUUUUUUACUACUGAGAGUUACGGUGGUCAUUAUGCGCCUUUGUUCACACAGUACUUCCUGGAGCAAAAUGCAAAAAAUAUCGAUGGCGCGCACAACAUUAGCCUGGAAGGCGUCAUGAUUGGGAAUGGCUGGUAUGACCCCUUGGUCCAAUAUCAGUCAUACUACAACUUCACCGUAUAUCCCGGGAACACAUACGGGUACAGCCCGUUCAACCAGUCCGUGAAAGACCAAAUGUACAACAAUCUCUACGGCGCCGGCAACUGCUACGAGCAAACCGUCGACUGCAACACACGAGGCAUCAACGAAAUCUGCUCUGCUGCCGACAACUUCUGCUACCAACAAGUCGAAUACCUGUACGACAUCUACCUCGAACGCGACGAAUACGACUUCCGGUACCUCACACCCAACCCGUUCCCGCCAGCCUACUACGUCGACUACCUGAACACCGAACGCGUCCAAGCCGCCAUUGGCGCUUACGUCAACUACACUGAAUUCAGCUCCGCGGUCGGCAAUGCUUUCGCAUCCACCGGCGACGACGACCGCGAAAUCGGCACCGUCGCCGCCCUCCGCGACGUGCUCGCCGCCGACGUCUCCGUGACCAUGUACUUUGGCGACGCCGACUACAACUGCAACUGGCUCGGCGGGCAAGUCGUGGCCGACCACGUGAACGCCACCGGGUAUUCGUCGGCGGGUUUCACGAAUAUUACGACCUCGGACGGCAUCGUGCACGGCCAAGUCAAGCAGUCCGGCAAAUUCGCGUUCGUCCGCAUCUAUGAGUCCGGCCAUCUGGUGCCGUUUUUCCAGCCGCUGGUUGCGCUCGAGAUGGUCGAGCGCGUCAUUGCGGGCAAAGAUAUAGCGACGGGCAAGGCGAGUGUGGGUGCAAGCUACAGGACGAGGGGGACCAAGUUGAGCACGUUCCAAGAAGGGAAUGCGACGGUGCAAUUUGACGUUACACCGAUGGAUAACGUGUAUAACACGACGACGAAUAUGCCGCAGAAUGCGACGGCGGGUACAACGGUGGCGAAUCCGCCGAAACGGAAUAGAAAGAGGAAUGUGCCGUACAGGCCAAGUACGUAUAAGAACAAGAAGGCACAGUUGAGUGGAUGGAUGUAG